AUGUCUUUUGGAGAGAUGACGAUCCUCCUCCACGACGUGCAACACAUACAUCAACUUCCAUUUGAUGGGCAGCUGAUGGCCUUGAGUUGGAGCGAGUGUGACCAGGCGGAGGUCAACUUGUGUGAGCUUAUGGGGUUUAACUCUGAGCAAAUGCACGUUGGGCAUCAGAGGCACUUUCUUGGAUAUACUGACAACUUCAUGUGGCCUGUCGAGCAGGGGCUUAGGGGAUUGUUGGUUGUCUCACACUUUAACUGUGUUGGAUCUACGAUUGUCUCACACUUUGAGGCACAGUCUUUAGGGCAGGAUAUCCCUUGGGCAACACGAUGGACUAGGCUGCCGUCACCAGGGUUUUUGACCGAUCCUAGUGUGAGGUUGGUGUAUACCGUCAAGCUCUAG